UUCGCCAUUUUUAAGACGGUUACACGAAGAAGUCAGUGUUGGAAGAACAUGGCGACAUCCAUUUGUAGGACGUUGAAAUACUUUCAACCGAUAACAUGUCAAAAUAUUAAGUAUGCCGCGUCGUUGCUGGACGUGCGGUUGGUUCCGGUGUUGGUUCCGAUCCGCACGAAGAAGCGCUACUUCAUUCCUCCAGCGGUGAAUGUGAAAGAGAGAACACAGACCGACCAGGAGGCUAAAGCCCGGGCUGCGGGGGUGGUGGUCCGACAGCAGUACAUAGAGAGACCCAUCAACAUCUCGUGCACAGCUGGAAUCUUUGAUCCGUACGUUCCUCCUGAAGGAGAUGCUCGCCUCUCCACUCUGUCCAAAGAAGGUCUGAAACAGCGCACAGAACAGCUGCGUCAGAGUGCAGCGUCACAGCUGUCGAUUCGUAAAAUAAAGGAUCAUGACCCCGAUUUCUCCACUAAAGCAUUUCCAGCACUAGCUCAACAGAUCUUCAUAGACGCUCAUGCAGCACUCACACAAUUUAACAAAGAAAAGCUCCAUUCUUUGGUGACAGAGAGGUGUUAUCCUGAGAUGGUUCGCGGGAACCGUUAUAAGACUCUACGCUGGCGCUUCAUUGAAUCACUGGAGCCGCCACGGGUGGUUCAUACACGGUGUCCUGACAUGAUCAGCAAGGGCAACCUGUAUGGCCAGGUGACUCUCCGCAUGCAUUCUAGACAGACAUUAGCAGUCUAUGACCGUUUUGGCCGGUUGAUGCUGGGGGAUGAGGAUGAACCCAGAGAUGUCCUGGAAUACCUAGUGCUGGAGAGGCAUCUGGUCAACCCUUAUGGAUGCUGGAGACUUCACGGAAAGAUUGUUCCAGCAUGGGCUCCCCCAAAAGAUCCCAUUAUUAAGACUGUCAUGAUUCCUGGUCCGAAGCUGAAGCCCGAUGAUGAGUUUGAGAAUCUGAAUUACCAGGUACCAAAGCCGAAGGCAGUGCAGUGGAAUAAGUAAUUCUGAAUGUGGUGCCUUACUCCGCCCAACACAGGUCCACUCUGUACAGACUGAUUCCUGAUAAUCAAAAUAAAUAUUACUGUAUUUAUUAAA